GUUCUUGGAGGAACGCUUUGAGAGAUACCUUAAGGACGACUACAUAAUGAACCAUUGGUUGACAUUAGUCUGUACCCUGGCCUUACUGAGUGGGGCUCACUCGUUCUACGCAUCCAUUGCGGUGGGUGGCAAUGGUCUUGUAACUUUAGCCAACAACCUUAAAGCAGUUUCGACUAUUAUGGCAAACUAUUAUGCCGCUUUGAACGCUGCCAACUCACCGAUAAUUGCUAGUUUGAAUGAUCUUUUGGGAUACGCUAAUACAACUUAUACCGCUCUGAAUAAAACGUAUGGUGCCAGUCAACCUGGCAUAGUGAACUUGGUACAACUCGUACCCUACUUGAAUCAAUCGGUUUCGAAUGGUGAGCAAUCAGUGAAUCAGGCAUUCGCUAGUGAUUGGAGUUCGUUGUUCGGUUCUCUGAAUCAAAUAGUCGAUCGUGUAAUGUCGAUGUAUUCGUCCUUACUAUCCACAUCUAGUUACUCGUCGAAAGCCGACAACUGCACAUCUCAGAAUGCUACCCAAAUGGUGAACGUUACGAACGCCAUAGUGAAUGCUGCCCAGUGUUUGCAAGUCGAAGCCAAUCAGAAUACGGCUCUCGUUCCCGACAUUCUAGGGACGAUCGCUUUGUUGAAAAACGAUUUGGCAACACUCAACAACAAUCUGCUGAAUUGUAACGUGGCCUCCACUAGAUGCGUCAACCAGUAUUUCGAUGGCAUCUACGACGAUUGGAUGAACUUCCAGUCUGAACUGUAUACGCUUCUGGCAACGAUUCAAUCAUCUCAGCAGUUUGCUCAACAACGCGAUCAGGCCUGCGGAAAUUUUGCACUUGCCGAUGUUCAAGAUGAAAUCAACAAUCUAAUAAAUAGUUUUUCGCAGUGUGCUUUUUCAUCACCAUAACUUGUAGAAUCUUGAGAGAAGACGAAAAAAUUGACCACCAAUAAAAAGUUGA